CACAUUGGCGAGACCAUUUACUGGAGUUCAAGCUAGGCGGUAACGGGAGGGAAGACAUCCUCAAAGUGGACCCUUCACGACACAUUAUUGUGAUGACAUGAUAUUCGUAUGUUGUCGACCCUUAAAACGACGCACGUGGGGGUGUAAUUCGUGUAAAGAAGUAGUCCAACGGUCUUGAACAGUCUGGGAAAGGCUUUGGGGAAACAAACAGACGACCUUAAAUCUGCGUUGUUUGUUGAAACGGUAGUGGCUGUGCGUUGAAACUACUAAGUUGAACACAUAACCGUUAUUUUCGAAGUUAAAUUAGUAUAACUUGAUCGUAUAUGCCCAGCCUUUCAAGUAUGUAAACUUCCUUAUUGAUGACGGCAUGGAAAAUUAAAACUUUAACUAUCUCGAGGAAACAGUUUGUGUAGUGCAAAUGAAACGUGACGUUCGUUUUUCUGACAGAGUUAUAGUUAUUUGCCCUGUCUUCUACAGUGUUAAUUGUAUAGAUAUCGCAUAACUUGGUUCUAUGUUUGUGUUCCGCUACAAAAAUGCUUUUGUGUAAUUAGAGGUAGGCUUGUCUUCCUGUGGUUACUGUAACUUGUAAGUAAAAUAACGCAUGGAGCGAGUCUGUAUGUGCGAAUGUAUAUCCUGAGAGCCUGUUCGUCAAAGAUUCCGUUGUCUGCAAAGAAAAUGUAGGGUUGUUCCUCUCUAGUCCCAACUCCCAGUCCUAUACAACAUACGCUCGAGUACGUCACACAAACAUGGCCACAUUCCCAAGGUCCAGAGGAUCUCGCAGUGUUACUAGUCCUCCCAAACGUAGCCUAAUUUUAACUGGUCUGGAACAAGUUCCAUUUAGAAGUGCCAACCCAGACCAGCUCCAUGAAGUCACCAUGGACAACCAGCCAGAAGUUUUCUCACCUACAGCAAGCCCUAGGGGUGCCAUCAUAUCCCCAGUGCGUGCUAGGACUAUCAAGGAAUAUGAUCAGCAAAUAGCAGACCUCAGGAAAGAAAAUUUCAAUCUGAAAUUGAAGCUUUAUUUUUUAGAAGAAAAAAUGGAGAAAAAAUUUGAUGGAGAUAGUAAAGAACUCCACAGAGUGAACAUAAAGCUUCAAGUUGAUGUAGCAACUCUACAUAAAGAACUCGAACAAAAACAUAAACUUUUACAGGAUGCAUUAGGAACCCUAGAGAAGUUAGAAUACAACCACAGAAAGGAAAUGGAAGAACUAAAGAAAAAGACCAAUGAUAGGAAAACUCAGCUUCAAGGAGAAAUAACAGUAUUUGAACAGGAGCUCCAGUUUAACAGCAAACCCAGGGAAAGAGAGAGUGAUGUUGAAGAUCAUUGCAGUGAAGCCUACAAACAAGCUUUUGGUCUUGAUUUAAAUCAUACUUGUCCUCUUAAUGAUGUACCAAAUGACAGUAGUGAUAUGGAGAAACGUAGACUAAAGCAGUUAGUGAACGAAUUGAAAGCUAUCAUAUCUAAAAAAGAUGAGGAAAUGGAGAUGUCAAACCAAAAAUUCUCCAAAGAUGAAGAGAAAAUCAAGUUUCUAGAAAUAAAAAUCCAGAAGAGAGAGAACUUAGUUCAAGAUUUGACCCAGACCAUUAGCAAAAAGGAUAAAGAGAUACAACAACUGAACAAAAUUUUAGAGGACAGACAUGGAGCAAUUGAAUCUAUUGAUGGAGCUUUCACCACAGCCCUCUACAAGGCCACUGUGGCAGUGUCGAACGGCAACAAAAUUGGUAUUGUUGAAGCAAGGGAAGAACUCAAAGCGGCCUUGAAAAGAGUGCUUUUUACCAGUUCUGAGGAAGUGACAGAUACUCUGAGAGGCAUAUCCAGUUUUUCUAAAGAAGAUUUACUAGACGAAGUACAGAGACUAAGAAAUGAGCUUCAAUCAAAAGAAAAUAACAUUCAAAUUCUCGAACAGCAGUCAGCAGAACGAUCACAACAAGUCCAGAACUUACAAUGUAGCUUGAAUUCUCUACAAGAAGAGAUAUCUAAAUCUGCUAAGCUACAUAGCAACCUAUAUGUGGAAAGGAAUAUCAAGGUAGCCCAACUUCAACAUCCCAUUCAGGAUACUCAUGGGGAAAUGGAGGAACUUGUAGGUGAAAGAGACAGCACCUCAGAAGAAAUGGAGAAGUCAUUUAAACGUAUUAUUAAUAACCUGCAUUUGAAAGAUUCUACAAUAAGGGAACUGGAACAAAGAUUAAAAAAUGCUUUUGAACAUAAAAAUGAAGAAAUUCAAAGAUUAAAAAGAGAACUGAUUUCUUCAAAUGAAGCAAUAAAAUCUCAUAAAGAAGAAAAUGAAGCUUUGAACCUACAGAUUUUUCAACUUAAAGAAGAAAGAAAUCACUUUGAAAUGGAUCUGAAGCUUAAGAAUGAACAGUUUAUUGAAUUAACAAUUAAAAUUGAGAACUUAGCUGAGCAGCUGAAAGUAUCUGAACACAAAAAGUCAGAACUUGAUCGGUUCUUAAAAGAAAAAGAAAAAUGCUUCCAAGAAAUUGUCAAUAGUUUGAAUGAAACUCACAAAGAAUUAAAUGAUAAAAAGAUGAUGUUAGAGCAGCUCCAAGGGAAAUUUAAAUUUACAUCAAAUGAGAUGGAAUUAUAUAAAAAUCAUGUAAACUUACUUCAAUAUUCACUUUCAAAAACAGAGCACAAUCUGCGCAUCAGAAAUGAAGAACUUGCUUUGGCUUUUGAGAAUAUAGAGAUGCUGAAAGCACAAAAAAAAACAAGUUUCAUCAAUGAAGUUGUUUGUUUGACAGAACCAUUAAGACACGUAGAAGAGUGUGAAAUGAAAGUGAUCAAAAAACAAGAUGACAAAGAGGUUAUUGAUCUUGAAAAUACUAAGAACGAGCUAAAUGAGAAACAUGUUGCACUAACUGUUCAGGAACUUAAUAAUAAGCCUACUGAAUUAAGUGCAUUAACAAAUUAUCAUUGUUAUUUACAAGACUGCCUUGAGGAUAUGAAACAAAGUCUUGCUGAGAAAACAGAUUUGAUUGGAAUAGCAAACAGAAAGAUUGAAGAACUUAAUAGAGAAAUUGAACAUCUCAGUGUGAAACUACAGAAAGAGGGUGAAAAAAAAGGGCAGUUAAUAAUAGAUGAGAAUUCUAUCAUACUAUGUCCUAGCCAGUUAAAAGAGAAGAUGAUUUCUACAAGUGAUGUGUCAUCUCGGGUCAUUGGCAGCCAUGAAACUUCCUGCCAGCAAGUGGAAGAUAUUAAUAAAGAGGUUAAUCUAAUAGAGAAUGCAGUACUGGAUAAAAACAGUUGUAUUUGUAAGCUCCACAGUGCUUUAAAUGCUAAAAAGGAAGAAGUUGUUUUUGCCAAUAAACAAAUUGAAUCUUUAAGUGAGCAUUUGAAUUGUGUAAAGGUAGAAUUAGUUAAGCGAAAUAAAGAGCUGGACAAAAUAUUUAGUGAGUUUACAGAACAGAAGAAAGGAAAAGAUAAAAUGAACAUGAAUGACAGUCUGCUGAAAGAAGGAAAACAAAGAAACAUUCAUCAGGAAAAAGUUGUUGGCUUUUCUAACACAAUUACAUCAGAUUUUCCACACCUGACCAGUGGAAACCAUGUGUUACAAGACAAGCUUAAACAGUGUACACAACAACAAACAAUUCUGCAAAAUCAGAUCACCAGAUGGAAAGAUGAAUUGUUGUGGUUAAAAUCUGUGAAAUCUCAAAACGAAGCAAGAAGUGAUCUUGUAGAAACAGUUUUAUCACAAGCACAAAGUGAACCUUCACAUAAAAAUGAAAGUCAGACAGACGACAAAUGUUUGGGAAGUACGACAUCUCCCUUCUUCCAUGUUCAAGAACAAAAAGAGCAUGAAACACUGUCCAGUGAGCUGUAUGUGGAGUCCUCACAGGUGUAUAGGUUGAAGGACUUGUUGUCCCAAGCGCAUUUACAGAUCCAGAGCCUUCAUGUUCAAUUAGAAAACAGUAAGAGUCAGGUGAGAAAACAGACCUCUCUUGCCUUGUACUAUGAAUCUCAACUGAAAAAAGCAGAGAUAUUUUCUAUAAGCAGGAGUGAAGGAGAUAUAACGAAGGUAACAGAUCAUAAAGACUUUGUUGGAAUACUUCUUUUACCAGAGACAAACAAAGUGUUGUUGAAUCACUCAGUUUCUCAACCAAAUAUUAAUCUAGCUGUUCAACCAAAUUCAAGAAAGAAUGAAAGAAGUAAGAGUCUUCUCUCAACAUCGGCGAGCUGCAAACUGCCUAAUGACAAGGUGAGUGAAAGUUAUUAUUUGUGGAGGCAACUUCAAUCUCACAAUCUCUCCAAAUUUGGUCAUUCAGAUAAUGUGUGCAACUUAAAGAAGGAAGUCUUUGUGUUGGUGUUAAGAGUAGAACAACUGGAGAAAAAGGCCCAGAAGAAGCUGGAAAACUUCAAUAAUGCAUCUGUACAAGUUGACGAGGAGGAGAAAUUGCAGAAUCAACUGUUCUAUUCUCAGAGGGUGUGUGAAUUACUACAGUUUCAGCUGGAAGAGCUUACUAAUCUCCUAGAAAGACUUCUGUCACAUGAUGCUAAUGGCCAGCCGAGUCCUAGAUUGUGGACACCGGAGUGUAUAUCUCGUGUCAGGCAGUUUCUGUCGGAAAGUAGGAAAUUAUCCAACUGCUUGUCACACAGCUUGCUUGAAAACAACAUUAUCCAUUCUGGAAUUCAUAAUUGUGCUUUGGAAAUACAACCAGACUUAUCCACUUUUCCCGAUCUGAAACUGAAUACCUACUCAACGAAGCAAGUUACAAGCUUAGAAACAGAGAAGCAGCAGUUGCAAGAAGAUGUGAAAAGUAAAAUACUUGAAGGUAGGGCUCUAGAUAGACCCGGGAAUGACAGUACUAAUGAAAUUUUCUCCAGUAUGUCUUCUCUUUACCAAAACUGGAGUACCCAGAGUGGUCGGAGAUACACACAUCUACGGAGCUCAGUCUCUGAUAAUCAAACAGCCAGAGUCGAUGGGAGAAAAGAAAGUCAAGGAGGUCAGGUGGUCAUUCUGGAAGAGUCUGACAGUGAUGAUAUUCUCCUUCUUCUGAAUGACCGUGGACUGCCGCAAAACGUUCUCAUACGAAACUCACAAGAUAAAGACCUGACAACCUGUAGUCUACCCGCACGGUCUUUAUCACAUCAGCAUAGAGAUGGAAUAACUGAUUUCUGGUACAGACAGUCUGAACAAUUGGAAAAUUCCAAAUCCUGGCACAUGAUUGAUGAUUUACAAAAAAUCCAAGAGACGGGCAAUGCCCUGUGGGUAUCAUAUCCCUCCUCUGAUUCAGACAUAUGGUCAGAACCUGAUCGUAACAUCUCUCUCCAGAGAAUGGGGGUGGACCAAGAAUUUGGUAGUUACUAUAGCCUAGUGGCGUAUCAGCAAUAUCGAAAAAAGCAGCAGCCAGCAGGAGAGGAGUACAGUUCAGAUGAAAGUUCUACCAGCACAGAAAUGACACGAAGACCGACUGUCAACAGUGCUCAUAAACCAAGAAAGAAAAAAGCUCAUGCAGGUUUCCAGAAAAUUAAGUCACAUCUUCAGAACAUUGAAGGCCUCAGCGAAAUCUUGCACAAUGAUUUAAGUGUGCUUCAAGAACUGAGUGGUCAAGUGAUGGCUAAAGUUUCAGAGCUGGGUUCACCAGAAGAGAAAUUUAAGACAAAAGAAGUCAUCUCUAGAGAAUUGAUGGAAGAACAUCACCAGUAUCUGAAAAUACUACAGGAAAAACUCGACAAGGUUAUCACUUCUAAUGAAAACUUGACAGAAAAAUUGAAAGGAAAAUUAGAUUUCCGUCAUGUGGGCCCCCAUGGAAGUAUGCAAAAAAAUGUUAGAGAUUUGGACACAAAAUAUAAAAUUGCCAUAGAAAGAGUUAACAAAUACAAGCAAGAACUUGUAGCCAAAACAAGCAUGGAAAGAGAACUUCAGGAUACUCUAUCUCAGUAUAAAAUAGAUGCAAUACAUAAGGAACAAGAGUUAGCAUCAUGUCAGAAGGAACUUACAUCUUGUCGUUCUUUACUUCAAGAAAUGGAAAGAGAAAUUAAGGAAAAAGAAGUAGCAUACACAAAGCUUAUGGAUGAAAAAGAUCAGUUGGAGAAGGAAAUGAGCUCAAGAGGUCACCUGCAUCAGCAAGUUCACAUGAGACUUCAGCAUCUCGUUGAAAAUAUUACAGACUUAAGGUCUCGUCUUCUUGAAAAAGAUCAACAAAGCAAACAUUCUGAAGACAUGAGAGCUGUUAUGGAAAAUGAAUUGGAAGCAAGGCAAAAGGAAUGUAAGCAAGUCCAGAAUUGGAACUUGAGGCUUCAAAAGGAAAUAAAAGAGAAAGAAGUUCAAUGCAAAGAUUUAGAAAAAAAGAAUGAAAAACUUGAAAAACAGAACUUAACUCUUGAGACUUUAGUUCAACAAACUGGCAAACACUUAAACGAACUUGAAGAAAAAUACAAGAGGAGUACAGAGAAGGAGCAAAAGUAUGUUUGCCUAGAGAAAGAAAUGAUUAGAAAGGAUAUGGACAUGAGAGACUUGAUUAACAGAAAUGAGAAUUUACACACUCAGCUAAUUUUGAAAGAGAAGCAAGUCGAUUGUCUUGAAGAAGAUAAAUCACUGUUAAAUUUUAAAAUAUUAGAACUCCAAGAACAAUCUCACACCUCAAAUGAAACAAUUUUUCAGCUUAGAGCAGAGUUAAUCUCUUCACAGGAAAAAACAGACAAGACAUGUUCAGAACUGGAGCAGAAGCUGCAAAAUUCACAAAUCUAUUCAGAAACAAAAGCUUCUGAAGCAGAGAAACAGCAUCUUAUAAGUCAACAUCAGCUUACAGAAAUGUAUCGUAAAUGUACUUGGCUGGAGGAACAGCUGUGGUCCAGGGAUGAUAGAGUACAGAAGUUAACUGAAAAAGCAUCGUGGCUUGAAUGUGAAAUUCAACUUAAGCAAAAAGAACUUGAAAUAUCUACAGAAAAAUGUUUUAAGUUAGAAAAGGGUCUUAAGGAUGAAACUGAACAGUUUGAAACAAGAAGAAAAGAUCUUGAACAACAAAUUAAGAUAAAAGAACAAGAGGUCAUAGAACUGGCGGAAACGGAACAGGAUUUAAAACUAAAGUUAAAACUAAGGGAUGAAGAACUGAAAAAACUUAAUGACAGAAAUAUAGAACUACAGGAAACCAUCCACGAAAGGGAACUGCAGUUCACAGAGGCAGUAAGUGAGAAAAGUGAGCUUGAGAUUAAGGUAAAUAAUUUGGAAGAAGAGAUGAAGCACCUGAAGCAGAGUAGAAGCAAACCUGAUGGCAAAGAUGAUUUCUCAGGAAUCAGGCUUGCAGAGUUCCUGAAAGACAAAUCCAGGUUGGAAGAGGAACUGAACACUACUCAGCAGAGGUUAGAAGAAGUAACACAAUUAAAUAAAUGCCUACAGCUAGAGCUGAAAGCUGCGGAUAAGUUAGGUGUUCAGAAAGAGGACCUUGCUUCUGUAGAAGACCAGGCAGAAGAAACAAACAAAACAUUGCUUCUUGAACUUGUUGAAGAACUACAACCGUUGCGAAUAGCUCUUACCAAGAGCACUGAUUUCAACAGAAGACUUCAUAGAGACAUUAAACAAUGUACAAGCAGGAAAGAAGGGAUUAAUUCCAGUACACAAGGAUUGGGUAGCGAGCAGUCCAUCUCCCCUGCCAGUACUCUGUCUUUGGCUAGCACUGGUAGUUACACACAUACAACUAAUACACAAUCAGAAAGCUUAGAACCCAGCAGUCCAGAAAGUUCACUGUCUUCUGCUGGAGACAAAAAUCCCUAUUUUCAUCUCAGUGGGUUCCGUGAACCUAUAAAUCACCCAACUCAUUGGACUUUCAAGAACGGAAGUGAAAAUAAGACACACACAGAUAUGGGUGCGAGUUCUAUCAGAAAAGAAUUGCAUGGAGAUCAUUUAUUGAACAGUCCAACUACCACAGAUGCCAGCAGUUCAGAAGGAUCUCUCCAACACCAUAUAUCUACAUAUGAUGCAGAAAAUAAUGAACUUUGCGAAAAACCCUUUAUUCGACAGUGUUCAGUCAGUAGUGGUGACUAUGAAACUCUGUCUCUUACAGUCUUACCUAAAGAUAUACUGGAUCAUUAUCCAAUUAAACAAACAAAGAGCUUGGAAUCCUCAGAUGGCUCUUGCCAUCAGUCCAGUACUGAAAAAGAAGGAUUUCGACAUGACUCCAAUGGUACUGAACUGUCUGUUACUGGAAGACCUUGCAAUUCUUCUCCUGACCUUGGUAUAGAGUCAGAUCCAAAUCAUGAAGGUGGGGAUAGAGAGGAGCCUGUAUUUACAACCUGGAAUAAACUUGCUGUAGCUGUAUCAUCCAAACGCUCUGUUACAAUCCAGCUUGUAAGGAAAAGAAAGACAAAUGAAAACUCGAAGAUAAACAGAACAUUUGCUGGAGAACAACUUCCACUUGAUACUGCAGGUCUAAGUGGGCAUGGUUUCUCAGCAUCUGUUCCUGAAUUAGGGGAAGGAGAGCCACAUGCUACGUGUCGGCUUAAGGACUACCAGUUACUAAAGAAAGAAAUAAGAGAAAGUCUUGUUCUACUGAGAGGUGUGAUUGCUCAGAAUUUAGAAUAUAACACAUUAAAAGAUAUUUACUCCAGCUGUAGUGAUGUGGACAGAUGUCUGGAGAAAUCCUGGAACAUAAUCAAUUGUUUCCAGUUAGCAUCACUACCUUCAAAGAAAGCUGUCAGGUCUUUUGCAGUUAGUUCUCUGAAUAAAGAGAAUCAGAAGUUACAAGAAGAGCUGAGUGAAGUAAAAAAACAGUUGGAAGAAACUACAAAGAAGCUUGCUGUUGUUAAACGAGAAAAAGAUGGAAUGGAAAGGGCUAUUACAAGACAAUUAACUAAGACCUGCCUGGUGCUCCAACAAGCCAAAGGCAACUUGGCAGGUGAUGGGAAAUCCACAAAAUAUCCUGUAGGAAUUAUUUGAUGUGAAGAAAGUAACCCUAAAAAUAUUCAUGAGGAAGGAACCAGAGAAUAAGAUGUAGUUUGGGAUAAUCACUUAUAAAUGGCUAAGUAUAGCCAUGAAACAGUGACCUAGUUUUUCUCCAGACUGUAGUUUUUAAAUGUAUAAGUAAUGAUAAACGUGGCUGUCGAUCAAAAUGCUGCAUGUAAAAAAAUACAUUAAGUCAUUCUUAUAAGACAAAAUGUCUACACUUUUAUUCCACAGAGGCUUUUUUCUUUCUACACGAGACUGGUUUUUAUAUCUCACAUUUUAAAAAUGGAACAUACUUGAACUAUGUGGGUAACUAGUUAGUUAUUCGUUGCCGAGCACUCGAAAGAGACAAGUAUUAGACACACCUUAGUUGAUUGGAAAAUAUUACACUUGGUAUGAAAUUUAUAUGUUGAUUUGGUAAUAUUUUAACUUAACACUGAAGUAACUCAGAUUUCAAUUUUAUAUCCACAUGUGUAUAUUGAGUUUCCACCUGUUCACAAAGUGAUAAGACUACAGUCACAAGUUUAUACAAUUAUUUUUCUGGAGUAUUAUUUAUACAAGAUCAAAGAAGAGUCCUUCCAUUGGGGAAGAUAAUGUGCCAAUAGUUAAAUAUAUAAUAUAUAUAUACGUUAAGAUAGUUAAUAAUAUCUUCAUGAGGUUGAAGCUAUUGAUGAGAAAAUUAGAUAUUUGAAAAUACUCACUGCUGUUACGGGUGGUUGCUUCUAUCCAAACAAGAUAUAGCAUUUAAUUAAUAUUUGGAUAUAUAUAUAUAUAUAUAUACAUUAACAAGGCCAUGAACAUGUUGUUCGAACAAAUAUACCAAACCUAAUUGUAUAGUAAAUGUAUUUUUUUGGUAACUAGCAUAAAAAAAAAGGAUAGCAAGUAUUAAAAAAAAUGUACAUUUUGAGUGAAUGUGUGUGAAAGUUAAAACCUGUGCAUUGCUGGAUCUUGGAGUUUUGGAAAGAUGGAAGAUCUCAAAUAAACUUUUGAUUAUAA